UGGUUUCAUCAUCUUUUCAAAAACGGUUUAGACAAUUCUGUGAUAUGCAAUGAUUAGGAGAUUGUGUAAGAAUUAAGAUGAAACAACAAAAAGAGAGAUAUGUAACCUAACGGUGGAGACAUCUUAUGAAAACAUUGGUCUUGAAGACUAAGCUAAAAAUAAAACCUGUUUAUUUCACCGCCGCCGUCGAAACAUUCAAGCGGCUUACGGCGGAGAGAGAAGAGUUCCGAUGGGACGAGAGGAAAAGAGAUCGACGCGGCGUCACCAAAAGUCCAAAACAACAAAUUAGCUAG